CUCUCUCUCCCUGCCGGCUGGGUGCUGAAGUUGGGCGGAUGGCAGCAAACCAGCUCCGUUAGGGACCAGCUGCACAAGCCUUUCCCCGGGAUCGUUCAGUGCCAAACAUACACAGCCAGGCGGGGCCACUGGGGUACUGAAGUAGCUGAAAUGAGAAAAAGGCAACAAUCACAAAAUGAAGGAACAUCUGCUGUGUCUCAAGCACCUGGAAACCAAAGGCCCAACAACACAUGUUGCUUCUGUUGGUGUUGUUGUUGCAGCUGCUCAUGCCUCACUGUUAGGAAUGAAGAUAGAGGGGACAGUACAGGAAGGCCAACACACACAACCAAAAUGGAGAGCAUCCAGGUCAUAGAAGAGUGCCAAAACCCAACUGCAGAUGAAAUUUUGUCUUGGGCUCAAAAUUUUGACAAGAUGAUGAAAACACCAGCUGGUAGGAAUAUUUUCAGAGAGUUUCUUCGAACAGAAUACAGUGAGGAGAACCUGCUGUUCUGGCUAGCAUGUGAAGACCUGAAGAACGAACAGAACAAAGAAGCUAUUGAAGAAAAAGCAAGGCUUAUAUAUGAGGACUACAUUUCAAUCCUUUCACCCAAAGAGGUAAGUUUGGACUCACGGGUGCGAGAAGUCAUCAAUAGGAAUUUGUUGGAUCCCAACCCUCAUAUGUAUGAAGAUGCCCAACUUCAGAUCUACACAUUAAUGCACAGAGACUCUUUCCCAAGGUUUUUGAACUCUCAGAUUUAUAAGUCUCUCGUUGAAAGCACUACGGGCUCUACUUCUGAAACUUAGUUUUAAUUUUUUGUUGAAACCUUGAUUUAACUUUUUAGGGUGGGGGGGAGGACUAUUAGGAUGAAGACAGACAUAACAUUUUUAGAGCAGUGGGGCUGCUCUGGAAGCACACUCACUGCAUUCAGUCCAAAUGUACCUUUCCUCUCCAGGGCCGAGCUCUGGAAAAACCAGUUCUGCACCUUUGAAGCAGAAUCUGGCUGUGGAUGGUGCUGAUUUGCUGCCCCCCCCGCCCCACAUGAUGUCUCCAAAAAACCUCCCCUAUAAUAGCUGGAGCAGUUUUGCCCUUUUAAAAUUAAUAAUGCAAAUGCAUGAACAGUCAUGCAGCGCUUUUAAAAAUUAAAAAAGUGGACAGCCCACCUGAAACAUCGGGCGAGUAGUAAGACUGACAGCUGAACCAGUGUUCAGUUCACUAGUAUGCAUGUCUGUAAUUUCAGUUGUGAGGCUAAGAGGAGGCUGGGAUCACCCCACAGCUGGGGGAUGCGCUGUAAGCUCUUUUUUUAUAUUACUUCUGUCUUCACCUUAGUAGUUAAUAACAUCUGGAACUGAGUUCCUGGAGAACUGCAUCCUAGCACUACUCAGGCUACUGUGAAGAAAACAAAUACACUUAAUGGUCUUUGUCUACAUUGUACCAAGGUCACUCAUGCUUGAGUUUGGAAGGGAAAAAAUGGAUUUGCCAAAUCACAUUUGUUUCACGCACCUUUCACAACUGCAGUCAAGACUGCAACGAUGUACUUGUUUUAUGAAGAAUUCCCUUGUAUAUCCUCACACUGCAUGUGCAAAGCAAAACUGCUUCACCACUUAAUUGUUAAAAUAUGUAAUCCAACAACAUAAAUUAUAUCUAUAUUUAAGAACAUUAUGUGCAAUAUGGUCUUACAGUACACGGAAAUCAUUUGAAUGAGCCUGAAAAUAACCGGCAUUUUUAAAAAUAUGUGAAGACCGAAGGAAGCUAGUCCUAAGCUCUGCUGACAGAAAUCCAUUGUUAUGAAAGACAUACAGCCUUGCUGGGGGCGGGGGGUGGUGGGGGGAGAGAGAGAAUUAUUUUAUCACCAUGUACAGUAUUUAAAAUUCAGAGCAGGGGAUUCCUCUGGUUGUUGACUGCCAAAACUGUGGCAUUUUCAUUACAGAAUUUGAAAUGUCAAAACAAUAACAACAACAUAAAAGCACAAAUCACAUGAAAGGAUCCAUGUUGGGGCGACACAAAAUAGGCGCUGGCAUUGUUUUUAAUUGUUAUAAAAACAGAUUAUCAUUGUAACAUUUCAGAUGUCGCAUAUUGUAACAGAUUUAUUAAAGACUGGCUAUCCAGUUAUCUAAUACUUGUGUAAUGUUAUGUAAUUCAGCAAAAAACAAAACAACCAAACAGAAACAAAUACCCUUACAUACAUAUACCUAUGGUUGAUAGAUUUAAUUUUUAAUUUUUAAAAAAUGUUUAAUAAAAAUGCCUACAUGUAGCAUUUCAGUCCAUGUUGAGGACUAGCAUCUGUCUGUAAAAUAUUUUUUCUUAAAAGUGCUAUCGUUUGAGAGGUCAAGUUUGUGGGUUUUUACACAAACUGUAACAAAACCGUUUUUUCACGGGAAGGCUGAAAAGGAUUGAUAUUUUGUGGCUCUCCUAAGGAUUCCUUGUAGGAUAAAAAAGAAGCUGUGGAAAUUGAGUUAAUGUUAAAUUCAAGCAUAACAGAAACAUGCCAUGUGUUUAUUUUUCUUUCUUUGUUCCUUAAAAAAAAUAAAAUAAAAGUUUUCUUUCUAA